AAAUAUAAACGGUUCAGAUCGUUGAACCACAUUUCAAAACAAACCCUACAAAAUGUGUGUAAAAGACGUGUGUCCCAUCGUCCUUACCCCCACAUACAUAUAGUCAAAGAAAAAAAACAAAGCUAAGCAACGUACACGAAUGAUCUGAUAAAAGAGUUCGGAUUUUUGCCGGAUCCUCUUUGUGAGGAUCCCAGGGAUUCAUAAAUCAUGUCCAUUCAUCGUAUAUCGUACAGUUAAAAAUCAUUUUAAAUAUUUUUAUUUAAAAAUAAACAUAAACAGUACUUGACAAAAACUAACCGUACAAUGUACGAUGAACGGACAAGAUUCACGGAUCCUAAGGAUCCUCUGUUGGCUGAUAAAAUAAUUAGACAUGCUUUAAAAUAUUAUAAAAGCUAAAUCAAAAUGGUGAAAAGAAACAUUGGACUAGGUAACUCUAUUAAUUAAAUUAUCAUAGUCCCAAUCUUAAAUUUUUUUUAUUUGUUUUAAAACAAUGAUAUAUAUACACGAACGAAGUUGAUAUUUACACUUAUUUUGGGCUAUGGAAGUUAAGUCACACAAUAUGCUAGUCAAUAAAUUGAUAACGAGUUCAUCAUUUGCGACAGUUGAACUUAAAGCCUCUCACUUAUGGAGAAAAAUAAUACUACUAUAGACCAGAGUUAUAAAUAACCCCUCCUAAAUUUUUAGGUUAACUAAUAAUAAAACCUGUUACAAAGUAGGAAAGUUGGUGACCAAAGAAAACCCAGCUGCCUCUCUUUACUUCACAAUCUCCCCCUUUAUACAUACAAAUCCCAAAACCCCCUUCUUACACUAAACCCAGAUAAACUCACCAUCGAAACCCCUCUUUAUUUUCUCAAAUUUCACAGAAGUAUUUACUUAAUUUCACUUGCAAAUGGCAUUUAGGAGGAGGAUUAAUGAAUUAAUGGUGCUAACUUUGAUCUUUUUUAUGGCUUUGUGGGAAGGAGGCAGAGUUGUUGCUCAAUCUUCAAGUUGCACCAAUGUGAUAAUUAGCAUGUCCCCAUGCCUUGAUUAUGUAACAGGAAACUCAUCAUCCCCAUCUUCCUCAUGUUGCUCACAGUUUGCCAAUGUAGUCAGCUCUCAGCCACAGUGCCUCUGUGAGGUUCUCAAUGGAGGUGCUUCUUCACUUGGUGUGACCAUCAAUCAGACUCAGGCCUUGGCUCUCCCCUCUGCCUGCAAUGUCCAAACUCCGCCGGUUAGCCGCUGCAACGGGUCUUCCGCUCCAGCAGCUUCUCCUUCGCCAUCAACAGACGUGGGGUCUUCAGAUGCAAAUACUAACAAGUUGGCAUUUUCUCUGCUGUUCUUCUUGCUCUUCGUUGCAUCAUAUGCCUCAACAUCCACAGCCAAUUUCUAAGCUCUUAUGCCAUGGAUGUAUCUAGCUAGAUUACUCCUUGAACUAUAGGGUGCCAUAUUGCUGUUCCAAUUUUUGCAUAUUGUAAGCUUUUGGUGUUCCUUUAGGGUUACGACACAUUAUUAUAUACAACGGGAUAUAUCCUCGAUUAAGAGUACUUCUGGAGAGUUAAGGA